AUGUCUGGUCAAACUCCCGCUUGGAAGAAAUUGGGCUUGAAGCUCAAGCAGCCAUCGGAUGCAUCUGAGCCCAGCUUUGGGCACCCAUCCAGCAGUACAAGCACAAGCAUCCAGUCAAGUACAAAGAGAAAAUACGACGCCCCGCCACCUUACAAUUCCUCCCAGGUUGCUAAGCGACCACGUCAGGAUGAAGCCACAACCAGUCGGAAUGCACCAGGACAGUUAAAGAGGCAGAAGUCAGUCACCUUUGCCGAUGCGCCAUCCAACAACCACUCUGCCAGGACACCAUCAAGGCCCAUUAAACAGAGCAAGGCCAAGAGCAAAGGCCCCGCAAAGAAACCUCAGCCCCAGGUCCCUACUGAUCUCAAGCCUGCGCUUGAAUACUUGAGGCUCUGGAAGACAGCUCGCGAUAGCUGGAAGUUCAACAAAAACCACCAAUCAAACCUCAUCAAGCACGUUUUCGAUGCCGAUGGAAUCCCCGCCUCUGACAUUGAAACCUUCUACGACUACAUCCAAGACUUGAAGGGCUUUGUGAGGAUGCGACUGCUGGAGAAUGCUCGCGAGGUUAGGGAUCAGGACCAAUCGGACGGAGCAAAGGUGUUCCCUGAGGGAACCAAAAACCUUGAGGCUAAUCAACAACGAUAUGAGGAGGCCCUUGCUAAAAUUCUUGAAAACCACCCAGUGGGAACUAAGAGAAAGGGCUUCACCGAGGUUGAUUACCUCUCGGACUCAGAAGAAGAGAGUGUCAUCAUUCGCCGACUUGUGAAGCGCAUGAGAGCUGAGCUUGUCAUUGAUGAGCUUUCCGAUGGCGAAGACACUGAGGCCAGCAUCGCAUCAUCACAGACCAUCACUGCAAGCGAUAAUAACGUCACAUCAACUACAGAUGCAGAGAAGACUGUGAAGACCGCCGACAGCGCUCCCGGAAAACGUCGACGAAAGCUCCGUGUGAAUGUCGAAGACAGCGAUUCCAGCAGUUCCGAGUCAGACUCGGACUCUGAUUCAGAUGGUGAAUCCGACACCAGCAGCAGCGGGAGCUCGUCAUCGUCCGAGGACGAAUCUGAGAAUGAGGCCCCGGCACGAGCUUAUCGACAGCCCGGCGAGGAAGAUUCAAGCGAUUCCUCGUCAUCCUCGGAUGAGUCAAGCUCUGGCGACAGUUCGAGUGAGGAUGAUUCAGACUCUGAGUGA